CUUCUCAAUUCUCAUCAAAGAAACAAACCCUCUCUUUCAAUUCUCAUCAACUAAACAAACCCUCUUCAUUGCUCCAAAGCCAAAAUCCCAUUCGGCUGCUUCCUCCAUUGACCCAUUGGAAGUGCUUUGAUUCUUUGAAGAUGGAUAAAUUUCUCACAAAAUUUAAUUGUUCUCAACCGAGUUCUAGUAUGGAUGCCAAUCGUUCUCAACUUAUAGAUGUGCUCGAUUUAGGAUCGCUUGAAGCUGAUCCAGGAGAAAGGAUACCCAUUGCUGAAUAUAACCCUCGAAUUCGGGAUGAAGUGAGGAGACAUUAUAUUCAAACAGGACCUUGUCAACCUUUACUGAAAAAAUUUCCUACAACUCAAAUAGGAAAUAGAGGUCGUCAAUUUGUUUCAAGUUGGUACAAAGGUCCACAUUCUAAUUGGUUGGAGUAUAGCAUGAAGAAAGAUGCCGCAUAUUGCCUAUGUUGUUAUUUGUUCAAAAAUGAAUUUGUACAUGGAAUUGCGGGUGAGUUUUAUACGAAAAAUGGUUUUAGGAGUUGGAAUAGGGCUCUUGAAAGGUUCCGUUUGCAUGUUGGUGAGGUUAAUAGUGUCCAUGAUAAAUGUUUCAAGAAGAUGCUAGAUUUGUCAAAUCAUCAUCAAUCAAUUCAAGUUGUUCUUGAAAAGCAUUCCGAGAAGGAAAAAAGUGAUUAUCGAAUGCGUUUGGAAGCCUCAAUUGAUGUGGCAAGACUUCUUUUGCACCAUGGGUUGCCUUUUCGAGGUCAUGAUGAAAGUGAAUCUUCAACAAAUCAAGGCUUCUUUCUAGGAUUUUUGCGAUGGCACGGGGAUAAACAUCCGGAUGUGGGAAAAGUGAUAUUAGAAAAUGCUCCACAAAAUGAUACUUUGACUUGUCCUAUGAUCCAAAAAGAUAUUGUCCACGCUUGUGCAAAAGAAACGGUGAAAGCUAUAAUUGGAGACUUGAAUGGAGAUUACUUUGGUAUAUUAGUGGAUGAGUCCAAAGAUAUCUCACACAAAGAACAAAUGGCUCUUGUGUUGCGGUAUGUUGAUAAGAAUGGUGAGGUGGUAGAACGAUUUAUCGGUCUAGUCCAUGUUAGUGAUACAUCGGCAUGCUCGUUAAAGAAAGAAAUCUACUCUUUGCUUUCCAAUCACUCACUAAGUCCAUCCAAAAUACGUGGACAAGGUUAUGAUGGAGCUAGUAAUAUGAGAGGAGAGAUAAAUGGUCUCAAAACUUUGAUUAUGAAAGAUAGUCCAUCGGCAUAUUACAUUCAUUGUUUUGCUCAUCAAUUGCAAUUAACACUUGUAGCUAUUGCUAAAAAACAUGGGGAUGUUGAAGACUUCUUUGAUCAUGUUACUAAUGUGUUGAAUGUUAUUAGAGGAUCUUUUAAGCAUAGAGAUUUGAUUCGUCAUCAUCAAGCUGAAAAGCUGGAGCAGUUACUUGAAUCAGGUGAAGUUCAUACUGGACGAGGACUAAAUCAAAUGUGUGGACUUCAAAGACCAGGUGAUACUCGUUGGGGAUCACAUUUCAAAACAUUAGAUAACUUUAUUAUUAUUUUCUCAACUAUUGUUCAUGUGCUUGAAGUGAUUAAACAUGAAGGUUCCACCUCAAGUGAUAGAAAUCAAGAAAAAUAUCUUUUGACUGAGAUUAAAACAUUCAAAUUUGUUUUUAUGCUUCACUUGAUGUUGAAAGUGUUGGCAAUGUCAAAUGAGUUGAGCAAAAUUUUACAAAAAAAAAAAAAAACAAGAUAUUAUUAAUGCCGUGGAGUUUCUUAACAUUGCAAAAGAAAGAUUGCAAGAUAUGAGGGAAACUGGAUGGAGGCCUUUGUUGGAUGAUGUUUCCUCAUUUUGUGAUGCACAAGAUAUUUUGAUUCCCAAGUUAGAUGAGUCUUAUUUUCCUGGAAAGUCAAAGCGUAAGUCUUCUGGUGUUUGUUAUUCACACCACUUGCGUAUUGAAAUCUUUUGUAUUGUGAUUGAUGUGCAACUUCAAGAUCUUAAUGAUCGCUUUGAUGUAGCGAGUAGUGAUUUGCUUCUUGGGAUGGGUAGCUUGAAUCCUAUCAAUUCUUUUGCUAAUUUUGAUAAAGGUAGAAUCAUGACUUUAGCAAAGUGUUACCCAGAUGAGUUUGAUGAACUACAGAUUCGAGAUUUGAGUUACCAACUCGAUACUUUCAUAUUUCAUAUGCGAAGUGGUAAUCCCAAGUUCUCCAACUUGCAAGGAAUUCGUGAUUUGGCAAAAGCAUUGGUUGAGGCAAAUCUUGUGGAUACUUAUUCACUUGUUUAUUUACUUGUGAAAUUAACUCUGAUCUUACCUGUUGCUACCGCAACUGUGGAGAGAGCAUUCUCAUCCAUGAAGCGGAUCAAAAAUGAAGUGCAAAAUAGAAUUGGUGAUCAAUAUUUGAAUGAUUGUUUAGUUUGUUACAUAGAGCGUGAUGUAUUCACAAAUGUAAGUAAUGAUGUCGUCAUUGAUCAUUUUCAGAAGAUGAAACCUCGUCGAGGACAAUUGUAAAUGAAUGAUGGAUAUUUAUGAUAUUAGUAAUAUUAUUGAAAGUUUUAUGCUUUUCUCUU